AUGUCUGCUCCUCCCACCGCUGUUCCCUUCAACCCCGUCGCCUUACUACCACCGGUGCCCCCUCUCAGCAACACCUUUGGCGCGUUUUUGGAAGCGACAUUCAUCGGGCUGAUCAUGCAUGGGAUCACCCUGCAUCAGACGUCCAGAUACUUCCGCCUCUUUCCUAAGGACGCCCUCGUCUUGACCGUGGCCGCCGCUUCAACCUUCGUUCUGGAGACCAUACAUAUUGCUGUGGUCGUGCAUCAUUGUUAUUACUAUUUGGUAACGGAGUACUUCUACCCCUCAGCACUGCUUCACGACGUGUGGUCAAUUCGGAAUCUUCCAGUCUUCACAGUAACACUAAUCUUCAUUUCCGAGAAGCUUUUUGCUCCCCGGGGUUAUCUCAGUCUUGCCACUGCCGCUAUGGUCGAAGACUUCGUUUUGCCGACGCUCGCAGAUUUGGAGGACGUGACUUGGUUAACGUCUGCUGGAUUUGGCGUUGCCAUCCUCGUCGACUUCUUGCUCGCAGGGAUGCUGGUUCUUGUCCUGCAGAAGAGCAGGACGAAUCCAUACAACGACGUGCGAAUGAUCUUCGCGGCCAUCAUCGGGCUUUUGACAGUGAUCUUCGGCGUCCUCUCGCUCAUACUCGGAUUGGUCCUCCCGGAAAACCUCAUAUAUUCCGCCUUCAACAUCAUCGCCGCGAAGCUCUAUACGAAUACCCUCCUCGUAGUUAGCGGUACGAUGGCGCAGACGUGGAGCGUUCCCCGCCUCGAUCGUGGCAGCGGCCAAAUGCGACGCCCCAGCGUGAACGCGAGCACACACCCUUCGGGAACGAUGCCGGACAUCGUAGUCGACACGGAGCGGGCUGUGCGUAGAGAUGCGGAGAGAAUCGAGAUGGAGUACAAUGGCUUGCGAACACGAUAA